UGCAUCAAGGACAUAAGCAUUUCAUUACAAACAUGUUGACGUCUUUUUAUAGUAUGAGUUCCACACGUCCAACAGAAGCCAGCGCUACGCGUUAAGUUAAAAAAUUAAGGUCAUUUUCCUUAACGACGGAAGACUUCAAGCCGUAAGCUUGACUGCAUGGUGGGAUAGGCUACCGGGCUUUGUGGAAUUACCGUGGAAGUCAGUGGGACAUAUAAGUCUUCGUUCUUCGUUUUACCCCUCUGAGGAAAUCUAUGGUCGAUUUCGUCACUUGCUGUCACGAGGAUUUUGUGUCCUCUAGCGGUCUGUGCGAGCUCAUUUCCUGUAACACCCGACAGCACCAUUUUAGAUCAGCCAUCGAUUGUGAAAUACAGAGGGUAUAUACCACGGGCAUACUGACUAGAGUGUGUAAAUCCCGCUUAGUGUGCAGCCAUGAGUGCAUGUGUGCUGCUUGGCACACUUCUCUUAGCCCUUGGUAGCCAAGGUCAGGAGCAGGAGGUACAACACCUAGACUGUCGACUCAGCAACACGGACGGCUGCACGAUGGUUCGAGAUCCAACUUAUUUGGUACUGGCGCCCAGGAAGGUACGACCGAACCAACUCAUCAACGUAUUUACCACCGUUUUGAAGCUGGAAUACAAAGAACUGGAAAUUGUAGUAUCUGUCAUCAAGGGCGAGGUGCAAUAUGCUGACACCAAGGUGACCUUUGACCGCACAGGCAGUAGAGUGUUGCAAAUGCUGACUCCUUCCAGUAUGACUCCGGGCCAAUACAAGCUAAGGGUGAUUGGCAGCCUUGGAGGCACUAGUACGGGCUUUAUUUUCAAGAAUGAGACGGAUAUAGAAUUCGGAGAGAAGAGUGUCUCUGUGUUCAUCCAGCUGAGUAAGCCAAUCUACAGAAUGGGGCAGACAGUUCACUUCCGGGUCAUUCCAAUUCUACCGAAUCUAAUUAUGCACCAUGGAAGUAUGACUAUAUUCGUGAUGGAUCCGUCUGGAUUCGCUGUUCGGAGAUGGCUAGGACAACAAACAAACGCAGGCGGUUUUGUGAACCAGAGUUUUGCGCUCUCUGAUCAGCCUACAUACGGUACCUGGAACAUCGAAGUCAGAGCUUUUGGAUAUACAUACAGGAAGAGCUUUGAAGUCAUUGAAUUCUGGGAGCCUCGUUAUGACAUAAAUGUUACAGUUCCGCCAUACAUCAUGGGUGAUGCGGACGGGAUUCGAGGAGUUGUCAAUGCCAAUCACACGAGCGGCCGGCCCGUCAUUGGGAAUGCCACCCUCACAGUGACGAUAGUACCCCCUGGCGGAGAGUAUAAUUGGAAAAAUCCUUUCUACUUUCCCACCAUCGAACGGAAGAUUGAAUAUUUUGUCGGGCGCAUUGACAUGUACUUCAGCAGAGACGAACUUCUAGAUAAAGCCAAUGCUCAGUCCUUGGAAAACAUGGAAUUUUUCUUCAAUGUGACGACGUAUGACUGGUACCUUUCCUGGGAGCGCUCGGGAUUUGGUAGUACCUUCUGUUACAAUUCCGGCAUCGUUGUCAAAUGGGUCGGAGAUAGAGUACGAACCUUCAAGCCUGGAUCAGUCUUCGUAGCCACUGUGGCUAUCAUGCACGCCGACGGCACGGCUGUAAGCGACGAGACUCGUGGAAUCACGGUGGUCCCGACGAUUUCCACGACGGGAGAAGCCAGCGGUCGGAUGGAACCAAUCACCAAACUACCCAUCAACGGGCUGGCUACGUUCGCCUUUGAAACAUUCUUGGAAGACAUGGAAGUCACAUUGACAGCCACAUAUCAAGCAGAGAUACCUACGCAUCCCGUUCAGCUUAAGGCCUACAGGUACUAUUCUCCCAGCCACAGUUAUGUAUCCGUUACAACGUCAACUAGAAAUCCCAAGGUCAACCAGUACAUCAUUUUCCACGUGAAAAGCAGUAUCUACGUCCCGAAGAUUUACUAUCAGAUUGUCUCCCAGGGAAACAUUCUCAUCGGUGACGAGCUGGAGAUGAUUUCCCGCCAAAAGACAUUCUCCAUCGCACUGUCACGUGAUAUGGUACCAAGUGCCCGGAUUAUCGUCUUCUACAUCCGUCAACCGGAGGAGAUCGUGGUCGACGCUCUCAACUUCUUUGUAAAUGGCACGCGAUUGAACCCUGUAGCGGUGAGGUUCAAUCGUGGUAAGGAUUUCACCCGCCACACCGUCGAAGUUAACGCCUUCUCCGAUCCGGGCUCAUUUGCAGCUUUCUCCGCACUACCGUAUGAUCUGUAUGUCAGAGGACUAAAUGACGGCAUCAGCGAAAACUUGGUGAUAGACGAACUGCUGACGUACGAUAUGCCUGCCAACGGGAGUUACCUGCACAAAUGGCGUAUAAAUGAGAACGAGUAUCAGUAUAAGUUCUACUCUUCAAACGGGUAUGGCAUUGAUGCCAAUCGUACGUUUUGGCACGCUGGUCUGACUGUUCUCACAGACGCCGACGUAACGACUCUUGGCAUUUCUUGUGAAGAGACCGGUCAAUUCACAUGUUUUGACGGUCAGAGCUGUUACUCGAAUGACACUCGCUGUAAUGGUGUCUACGAUUGUCCGAAUGACUGGGGUGACGAGCAGGGUUGUACUUAUGAUGACAAAAGUACGCAUAAUCCGCGAAGGCCAUUGGACAGAAUUAGUCACGUGAUGAGGUUUUACGAUGACAGCAGCUGGAUAUGGAGGGAGAAGUUUGUGAAGCCAGACGGGCGGAUUGAUUUCCGCGUGAACGUCCCGCGCUACCCUUUGACCUGGGUGGUGAACGGGUUCUCCAGCAGUCAAAACAAGGGUUUGGGAAUUCUUGAACGUCCUGUCAGGUUCGAUGCAACCCGGUUGAUGUACAUUCAAGUAGAGGCCCCCAUAUACGUAGUCCGUGGAGAGCAAGUCGGAUUCAGGGUGACCGUUUUUAACUACUGGUAUACAGACGACUACUUGGAGGUUUUGGUAAAAGUACACGGCUCUCCGAAUUACAAGUUUGUUCACGUGCAGCCGUUUGGUAUUGUCGAUUUCUACGAUCCUCUGACCACUGGGGGAGAUCACGAGACCAUUGUCUUUUUGGAGCCGGGAGAGUCCAAGGACAUUUACAUGCCCGUGGUGCCAGUCAGGUGGGAGAAUGAGCACGUGGACGUGACCAUUAGCGCCACAUGUUACUUGGCCAGCGAUGUCGUCACCAAAAGACUCCAUGUACAGUAUGAUGGUAUUACUAACUACUAUAGUACACCAUACCUCGUGGACCUGAUCACCAAAAGCUCUGUUGUCAUACCUGACCUCAAAGUCAACGUCCCACAAAGCUUCAUUCUUCCUGAACAACGAGAACACGAAUAUGUGCCAGGGUCGCCUAAGGCUAUUGUAUCGGUCUUUGGAGACGUUGUUAUUCCUGGGUUUUUUGAAGAAUAUCCCACUGCAGAAGACAUUUUACGUCGUCCGUAUGGCUCUGCGGAACAGAACAUGUUUAAUUUCGCCUACAAUCUUCUGACACUAAAAUUCAAAAAGAACUCCAAACAGCUGUCAGACCCUGUCUUGAUGCGAACCUUGGAAUACAUGAAUGUCGGUUUACAGAGACAGUUGAGCUACAUGACCCCAGAAGGAGGCGUCAAGAUGUUUCGUGACGACACAGAGGCUAGUACAUGGUUAACAGCUUUUGUGGUGAAGACUCUUGACGAAGCCCGAUUUGCAGAAUGGGAACAGACGCUGUUCAUCCCUGCUGAUCUUAUCAACUCGCUGGUAAUAUGGUUGUGUAACAAACAAAACGACACGGGGGCGUUCCACGAGGCGAAAGGCUCACCUGUGUAUGACCGCAAAAUGGCCAGUAUCAAUGAGCAAACCAUCGAGUUGUACAACGACCCAAUCCCGCUCACAGCCUAUGUGCUCAUUGCCCUACAGAAAGUCACGGGGGCGUCAAAGUCGGCACAGACAUGCAGUGAGACUUCUCGGAGGAGGGCGGCGACCUACCUUAGGAAUCAGGUGCUUAAUAUAGAUGUGGCUAACGACGUAUUCCAUCUGGCCAUCACAACUUACGCUCUUUCUUUGACCGAAGAGGAGAGUCGCACCGCAUACGAUAUAUUGUACAAACGCGGAACGACCCAAGAAAAACAGUUAUACUGGGCGGACAGGUUUGUGCCGUCUAACCCCUCCAGGAUACAGAGUGCUCUUCCGUUAAUGCUUCCACGCUUUGAGCUACAGAAUGAUGCAUAUUCUGUACACAGCACUGCAUACGCCCUGAUGUCCCUAAUCAGGCACGGGGGACUAAGAUAUGACCUCAUGUCUACCGUGACGUGGUUGAACAACAUGAGAAACUUCAUUGGAGGAUUUGCAUCAACACAAGACACGAUUGUUGCCAUGGAAGCCCUCAUGGAGUUUGCUCAGGUGGAUACUCACCGGAACGUUUUUGACAUGCUACUGUCUGUGGAAUCAACUGCCAACCCAGCCUGGAAGGCCUUCAGUUACCUGUCCAAGUAUAACUAUACAACACUUCAGAUGCACUCGUUACCCAGUGUUUGGGGUUGGGUCAAGGUCAAGGCCCAUGGGGUUGGCAGAGCCAUGCUACAGCUCUCUGUAUCAGAGAACGUGGAAUAUCCAUGGAAGGUAAAACCGCCGAACAUCACGACCUUUGACCUGAUGGUUGAUCGCAUGGAUUGGGGCGGUCGUAACAAUUCCGUAUUAGAACUGACCGUCUGUACCAGGUGGCUAUUGCUACAGAAGAGCGUGCACUCUGGUCUGGCAGUAAUGGAGAUAGAAAUCCCCACGGGCUUUGUUGUGAUGAAUGAUACCUUGAGGUCGUACGUCCAGUCCAAGGCAAUACCGACAUUACGGAGGGCCGAAUCCUACUACAGAAAAGUCGUGUAUUACUUUGAUUACAUUGAUACGAGCAAGACAUGUAUACGAUUCCGAGCAGACCGCUGGUACCCCGUGGCUAACGGUACAUUACAACAUCAGAUGAGGAUCUACGACUACUAUGAGCCAGGCCUUCACAAUACCACCAUGUAUUUUACUCAAGACCUUGCCAGCCAGAAUCUAUGCUGGGCCUGUGCAUCGUUCCAGUGUCCAUACUGCCCUUACUUCAAUGCCGCAGUAGUCAUCAGAAGUGGCCUCACCAUACUGUCAUUGCUAACAACCUUAGUGACCAGUCUCUGUCUGUUAUACAUGUAGUCUUGCUGUAUAGUUUAAUGGUCGUGUCAACAGUAACUCAUGACUUAAUCUCCUGUCAUAUCAUUACUCGAUGAUUCACUAAUGUUGCAUGCACACGAUUUGAAACUUUAUUUGUUUUUUUGAUUUGUUUCCAAAAGCUCUACAUACCUUAUUGUACAUGUAAACAGCCAUAAAACAAAUGUGGCAUAUGGUUAUAAGAAUUUAAAUAGUUUCGCACACCACUUUUUUGUCUUGAUGUAGCCUCUUAUCACAAGUCGAUGAUUUCAAUCUCUUCAAGAUGUCAAAAAUUAUCACCAAACAUUUCGCGUGCGAAGUAUUUGUGGAAUUCAUGGGCACAGGCCACAAAUCGCUUCUGCUUCGAAUUAACCAGUUAUGAUCGUAUUUCGAAGACGAUUUCCAUUAAUUUCUUCCCUCUUUGAAGCCAUAUCAAAGAUUAUUUUACUCCUAGAGGGGGCAGUCUGAUCAAAUGAGAUCACGGAGGUACAUGGAGGUACAUGCUUGACGGUAACCAUCGUAAAUGUCAUUUCAGAACGACAGUCAAAUAUUUUAUCAUUUAAUUCAUCGUCACAUGAGUUCUAUUCUUUAUGAUGACUAUCCAUUUAUUGUGUUAAUUGUAUAAGGUAAUAGCGCAUUAUAUGUAAAUACACAUAUAUUUUACAUCAGCCUUUUUACUUGAGUCUUAAAGCGUUUAUCCUUUGAAAUCCAUAUCCGUUUUCGCUCUGUAAAUAUGCAUUUGUUUAUGAAUGGAUGGAUCCACCACAUUUCCCACGACCCCUUCUUGAGACAAAGCUACUUUUCAUUCCAUUCCCGAUGCAACUGAACAUUUGCACCCAUUGUGUAGGACAUCCGGUUGACCUACUUGCAACAAUAUUGAUUAUUCGCCAUACUCAAGAGCAACAAUAUUGCUUACGAAUGGUCAGAUGCGUUUUUUUGAUUGUCAGUCCGGAAAGACCGAUUGUAUAUACAUUCAUUAUAAUGUAACAGUCUUG